AUGGCCGCGCCUGCUGACAUGGCACGCCGCGGUGCGCUCAUCCUCCUGGAAGGUGUAGAUCGAUGCGGCAAGUCGACGCAAGCCAAACUCCUCGCACAGCAUUUGAACUGCACGCUCCAGAACUUCCCGGACCGUACCACGUCCAUCGGGUCCACCAUCAACGCAUACCUAUCCAACGCAUGCGAAAUGAACGACCAGGCGAUUCAUCUGCUGUUCAGUGCGAAUCGGUGGGAGCUGUCAGAGAAGCUCCGCGAUCUUCUCAACCAAGGCACCCAUGUCGUCCUCGAUCGGUACUGCUACAGCGGCGCUGCGUUCACGGCGGCCAAGGAGAAGCCUGGAUUGUCCCUUGACUGGUGCAUGCGUCCAGAGAUCGGUCUUCCUCGACCUGACGUUGUGAUAUUUCUCGACAUCUCCACACACGAUGCGGCUCAACGUGCCGCCUACGGCGAGGAACGCUACGAGAAGCGCGAGUUCCAGGAACGCGUGCGCGCCAACUUCUUCCGCAUCAUGGAGACUGAGGCGGCAGCGAAAGCUCCUUGGCAUGUCCUCGACGCUACCAAGUCUAUCGACGAGCUGCACGCGUCCAUCAAGGCCGUCGCGACUUCAACCAUUGCCCAGGUCGAGCACACCCCUGUUCGAAUCCUUGAAUAGUAUUACUAGGGAAUAUUAAUAGUAUGAGUAGUAGUAGUACUACUACUACUACGAUUGCACUGGA